CUAUGACAUGACUCAUAGUCAUGAUAAUGGGGCACCUAUGGAAAACACAAAGAGGAGUGUUGGAGUUAUUCUACUUCAUGAGAGUUCUUUUGGAGUGAGUCAGGCCAAUUUUUUUUCUUUAACAGCUAUCACACAGUUCAUUUGGAUUCAUAUUAGCUAAUACCGAGUAGCCGUUAUGUACUCUGUAUAUUGUAAGGUAGGCUACUGGUAACUACUGGUUGAUGUCAAGAAAACUUUUGUCGAAAGCAAUCUGAGAAUACCCGCCUGUUUGGUAUGAAAAAACAUUUAAACCUCACUUGCGGGGAGAGUUUUGAGUUGUUUGUUAUAGAGCGGCUCAUCUUUGUUUGUCAUAUGAUCAAUUGGAAGUUUCUGUUCUUUUGCUAUUGUAUCUUUAUUAUUGUCAUUAGAUUCAUUACCAUUAUUAAUUAGUGUAAUUUUGUUAUCAGUACAUAGUCCAAGACUGGCAGUGUAAAUACGGAGUAUAUGUUUUUUUUAAUUCGAGCUCACUUUUUUCUUUUGUGGAAGUUGGAUAGAAUAUCACUUUUUCUGUUGUGAUAUCUUCAGUUUUGUUAUAUUUAACCUCCUUGGGUGCAAAGUUGGAUAUAAUACACAUAUACCAAGUAUGUUUAAAGCUUUAAAAGCUUUAAAUAUUUUUGCAUAAAUUUUAAAAGGUGGCUCUUGAACCUUUCUAUUAAUGGGUCAGGCAUUACUUGGUGAUUCCAAAAGAGCACAUUCCUACAGUCAAAGAUCUUACCAAAUGCCAAGAUGACUAUGCCUUGGUUAGCCACAUGCUAGAUGUCGGGAAGAGUCUAUUAGGCAGAGAUGCACCUUCCAACAAACAAUACAGGUUUGGGUUUCACCAGCCACCGUUGAACAGUGUUAACCACCUUCAUCUUCACUGCUUAGCACUUCCCUACACUCCAAGAUGGAGAUGCCUAAAAUACACAUCUCUGGGACCAUUUGGUGGAUUUAUUGAGGCUGAAAAACUGUUGCAGAGAUUAAAGCUGUAAAUACUCUCAUACAUGAUGAAAUGUAUCAAUUGAUAUAUUGUACUAGUAAGAAUUCAGUAAAUCAUACUUGAGUGCUAAUUGUGCUUUUGUGGCUAAGAAAAUUUGAUAAAAUAU